AUGUCUCACAGAUCAAAAGAAGAAAAGGGGUAUAGCCGGUCUGAAUUAGAAGACUAUGUGGACGAGUAUUACUAUCAGUUAAAGAAAGGUAGUGUUAAGGUUAAAAAUUCUGAUUCAACUUAUAGAUGCCCAUUUUGUGAUGGGAAGAGGAGACAUGAUUACCGACUAAAGGAGCUUUCACGACAUGCGUAUGACAUUGGCAGAGACAGCAAGGGUUUAAAAGAGAAAUCAAAGCACUUGGCUUUGGAGAGGUAUAUAGACAGAUAUCUUUAUGUGAAGAGUCGGUUAGAAUCUGCACCCAAGAUUGAAAGCCCUAAACACUCGCAGAGACGGACUCAAGUGGUGGCUGUAGUGGGCUCCUCCCAAAUCAGAGAAAAGUCUAUUCAUUCUGAAACUCCAGCCCACUCCCAGCUUCUUCCCAGCUUCUUCCCGGCCCCCACUCUCCCCACCCCAAAGGCACAACCCACAACAGGUUCUAAGGCUGGUUCCACCCUUGCUACACGGGAGGACGACCAAUGGUUUGUAUGGCCUCCAAUGGGCAUUUUGGCAAAUGUUAAAACUGAACUAAAGGAUGGAAGACAUGUUGGGGAAAGUGGUUCCAAACUUAAAACUGACUUGGCAAGUAAAGGUUUUAACCCUUUGAGGGUUCAUCCUUUAUGGACAUACAGGGGUCACUCUGGGUUUGCAAUUGUUGAAUUUGAGAAAAGCUGGGAAGGUUUCCAUAAUGCAAAGUCCUUUGACAAGAGUUUUGAAGUUGAUCACCGUGGAAAAGGGGACUAUAAUGUAACGAGGAAUCGAGGAGAUAACUUGUAUGGAUGGGUUGCUCGGGAUGAUGAUUACAAUUUGAGAAGCACUGUGGGUGAUUAUCUUCGUAAGAAUGGAGAUUUGAAAACUGUUUCUGCUCAACAAGAAGAAGAACAUACGAAAAAUUCAAAGCUAGUUACCACUCUAACUAGCACCUUAGUUAUAAAGAAUUCACAUCUAAAGGAGAUGGAAAGAAAAUGUCGUACCACUGACGAUGCUUUAAACAAGUUGGAGUCUGAAAAGGAAGAUAUUCUCAAAGCUUGCAAUGAAAAAAGAGAAAAAAUGCAAAAAAUUGCUCAUGACCAAUUGGCAAAGAUAUGCUUAGACCACCAGAAAACCGCAUUGGAGUUGGAAGCUACAAAAAAAGAGCUUGAGGACCGUGAGAAACAACUGCAACAACGCCGUGCACAAAAUGAUAGUGAGAGAAGGAAAAUCUAUCAUGAAAGGAAAAUGAAUGAGAUGGCUACCUUGGAGCAAAAGAAGGCUGACGAAAAGAUGUUACGGUUAGCAGAAGAACAAAAGAGAGAAAAGGAGAAACUUCACAAGAGAAUCAUUGAGUUGGAAAAGCAGCUUGAUGCCAAACAGGUACUGGAGCUUGAGAUAGAGCGAAUGAGAGGUGCUUUAAAGGUGAUGAACCACAUGGAUGAGGAUGAGGAUUUGGAAGCCAGGAAGAAGAUGACUGAAAUUAAAGAGAAGUUACAGGAGAAGGAGGAGGAGUAUACUGAUGUAGAGGAACUUUAUAAAACACUUGUUGUUAUGGAGCGGAGGAAUAAUGAUGAAGUGCAGGAGGCUCGUAAGGAAGUAAUCAAUGAACUGCGGGGUUCAAGCAGCCGUGCUUCCAUUGGCGUGAAGAUAAUGGGAGAUCUUGAUGAAAAACCAUUCCAAACUGCAACCAAGAAGAAAUAUUCUGAAGAAGAAGCAGAUGUGAAGGCAGUGGAGUUAUGUUCUCUGUGGCAGGAGCAUCUUAGGGAUCCAAGUUGGUAUCCUUUCAGGAUUAUCACGGAUAAAGAAGGAAAGACCAAGGAAAUUAUUAAUGAAGAAGAUGACAAAUUGAAGGCUUUAAAAAAUGAGCUGGGUGAUGAAGUGUACGAGAAGGUGACAACUGCUAUGAAGGAAUUGAAUGAGUAUAAUGCCAGUGGUCGGUAUACAAUACCUGAGCUGUGGAACUUCAAAGAAGGGAGGAAGGCAUUGUUGGAAGAGGGAGUAGUGUUUUUGCUAAACAAGUGGAAGCUGCUUAGAAGACGGAAAAGAUAA